AUGGAGACUUCUGUAAAAGUGCAAGGAGGACUUCAAACUGAACGUGCUGAUGGGGCAUAUCUACAGCAACAGAACAUCAUUGUGCUUCCGAAGCUGUGUCGCCAGAUUUUGUCUCCCUUCGAACAUGUUUGGGAUGAAAUUCAAAGACCUGAUGGCUUUGGAAACAAAGCUAUGACACCAGGACGUCUGGAUGGCAUCCUCGGGCCUCUUAUCUACGCCCCUGGGUCUCAGAUCGCUUGGGAUGAUAAUUACAUCGACCGUAUCAGUCGUUACUACACUAUAAUGUUUUUACUUUUCUUCAAUAUAUAUGUGGUCACCGAAGAAUAUGUCGGAAAACCCAUCUAUUGCUGGUGUCCCCCGGAGUUCACCGACAACGAGGUCAAAUACACUAACGACCUCUGCUGGGUGUCUAAUACCUAUUACAUCCCUUUCGAAAUCCAAGUUCCUGCACACCUUCAGGCGAGGAAGGAGGAGUCGGCAGAAAUCACGUACUAUCAAUGGGUCCCGUUAGUUUUGUUUUUGCAAGCUUUGCUGUUUUAUCUUCCAAGACUUGUGUGGAAAUUGUAUGCGACCCGAGCUGGAAUCGAAGUGAAGAAAAUGUGCAUUUUAGCUAAAUUUAGUAUCGAUGUGUUUCCGGAAGACCGUGAACAACGGCUCCGCCAUAUCGCUGCAUAUCUGGAUGCUUACGCUGUCAAGACGAAACCAUUUCGAGGCGGAUUAUGUUCACCAGUACGAGAAAAAUUCGCCAGGCACCUUCGUUUUGGAUGCGGAAGGCAUUAUGGGAAUUUCUUCAUAACACUUAACAUUCUUGUCCGUUUUCUCUAUUUCGCUAAUGCCUUUGGACAACUGUUCCUAAUGAAUGAGUUUCUUGGAAAUAAGUUUUAUGUAUUUGGGAUAGAAGUUGUCCAGGCUUUCCUUGCUGGACUUGACUGGACUAUGUCUCCGAGAUUUCCGAGAAUGACGUUAUGUGAUAUAGAUCGCAGACAACUACAAAACGUCAAUAGAUAUACACUGCAGUGUGUGAUUCCUAUCAACAUAUACAACGAAAAGAUUUUUCUGUUCUUGUGGUUUUGGUUUUUGAUAAUUUCUGUUCUUAGUUUUGUGAAUUUGUGUGGAACAAUAGCAAUAGCAGCAUUGCCUCAUUACAAAGAGACCUUUAUCACGAAAUACCUAAAAAUGGCGAAACUCUAUGACGUAAAACUGAAAAGUUCACAAAGAAAAAUUUGUAGAAGAUUCCUUAAAAGGUAUCUGACACAGGACACAGUAUUUGUGAUAAAAAGGAUUUCUGAUAAUGCCAACACAGCUGUGACUACCGAUGUUGUAAUGUAUCUAUUUUACAGGUUUUUAAACCGAGAGCGAAAAAGAAUUGGAAAUGACAAUAUACUUAAAUUAUUUCCGCCGGAACCGGAAGAAAAAUUUGCAGAUGGUGGCGGCGGAGCUCAGAAAAUGGGCGGUGGGGGUGGUGGUGGCGGUGGUGGGAAACGAAAAAAGAGAAAAUGA